UUACCUGUAAACGUAUAUUAUUAAUUCGUAUUACGUACUUUAUCGAAAUAGGAUCAAACAUGAAGGCGUUCGUCGUUCUACUUGCCCUUGCGGCGGUAGCUAUAGCCAGCCCUGUAGGCUUGGAAAACGUUCAACAAGAGAACCUCGCUGAAAACGAAGCUGAUUUGUCGAAGAUAAAGGUAUCAGGCGGAAUAAAGUGUCGUGGAAAGCGAUGCAAGGGUCACAUCGGUAUCGGCGGAAGCUGGUACGUAGCCGAUGACGGAACCCUCGUAUCAGAAUCAGCCGAUGAUGAAGUCGACGACGGUAUCCAAAAGUCAUACAACGUGGAGGAGGAAGAGGAAGAAAGCGCCGACGAUGAAAACAAUUCUGUAGAAAUAGUUUUCCAUUCCAAUUGCAACAGCGACGAAGUUGACAAUUCGAAAUGUAACAAAGCUGCUACCCUUGGAAUCCAUUGGUUGAGAUUACCAAGCGGAGAAGUCGUUCCACAUAUCACGGAAAACGAAAAUACAGCGGUCGAACAAGUCGACCCAACGACUGCGAAGUGGAAGUGGAAUGGUAAAGUCAGUGUCAGAUGUCGUAAACGCAAAUGCCGCGUCGACGUCAGCGGCGGAGUUCACAACUAGACGCAAAGAUCUUCGUAACGAGGACGUAGAAAUCAACACGAUUCUUCAGAUCCUCCAAGAGAAAGAUCUAUCGCUCGAUAUGAUUUCCAGAAAACGAUUGAAACUUCCCUUUGAGAAAAAAAGAUUAACGCAACCUUAGUUCGUUGUAAAAAAAAGAAAAAAAAAUAAAUAAAUAAAGAAGAGAGAGAGAGAGAGAGAAAGAAAGAAAAGAAAGAAAAUCGGUAAGAUCGACGGCAACUUGGUACAACUACUGAUACAAUUAAAUCUAUCAAUUAGAAACGAUAUUAUGUUUAAAAAAAGCGACCAUCUUUCCUCAUCGUAUAUCACUCGAAUUACUUUCUAUUCGUACUAAUCUUCUGAUUACUCUUUAAUCAAUCGCUAAUUGCUCUUGUAUCUACGAUGAUCGAAUAAAUAAAAGAAUCGAGAUAUAUACAUA